UUAAUAUGAUAUAAAAGAAAGGUUCUCAGAUGUCCCCGAAUUCAUUUUGCACUGAAAAAGCGAUUCAGAGGUAUGGAUGAGCAGUUUGUAGUUUUAGGAGUCACGAAGCCUUUGAGCCACUUUAGAAAAAUUAGUUGGAACUGGUUUCCCAGGUCGAAAUAAGUCAUAAAAAGUUUGAAGGUUCAUUCUUGGCCUUGGAAAUAGUAAUUCCACAAAACAACCUUAACUCGAGGUCCGCCCAUGUGAAAUGCGGUUGAAAGCUCUGGAAAAACAGUAAACUGCUUCAGGAUCCUAUUUCUCCAACACAUCCAGAGUGUCAGCAUUAUGUGUGCUUGGGCUGUAAAGGCCAGCAGAUGCAGAUCAGGCCGUCGUGCAGCCGCUGUAAGGACUAUUCCGGCUUCCAGGAGAACAAACAGCUCUCCUUGCUGGUUCAGUGCUACAGGAAGCUCUGCCUCUAUGUCACUCAUUCACCGUUGCUGCCGUUGGUCAGCAGCCAUGUGGGAGGAUCUCCAGAGGUUAUGGCCUUGUUAGAUGAGGUGCUAAUGUCACAUGAAGAGGAAAUGGAGACACAGGACCCAAGCCUAGCACAGGAAGAUGUGAAUCUCUCUGCCCCUGAGUCACUUACCCCCACAGAGGCACCACCUGUUCCUGCAGAGCUCUCAGCUGUACCCCUGAGCUCCUCCUCUGACCCUCCCUGUUCCAAUGGACCACAGGAAUGCAAUGGAGAAGUGCUGGAGGACCUAGAUCCCUCUUCUCCUGAGCUGGAAGUAUGUGAGCUGAUAGAGGAGCAACCACAGACAGGCCUGUCUGUUUCCAGUACUGGUUGUGGUGGUCUGGAACUGAGUCUGACCACUGGACCUUUAGCCCCAACUCCAGGCACUGUGUGCUCACUCAGGGAUGGGGAAUCUAGCAGCAGGGAGCUGGAGGAGGGGGAGGUGUUGCUCCUCAGUGUGGAGGAGGUGUUACAGACUUUGGAUCCCCUUCAGCCCAGUCGAGAUUCUCCUCACACGCAACCGGACAGGACUCACACUCAUACACACAUAGCCACGGACAGAGCGCACGCUCAAAUGUACAUACAGCUGGAUGCAGCUCAUAACUACACACAGAUUCAAACAGACAGGACUAACACAGUGGUAAGCCAUGGUGCUCGUAUACACACAUCCUCCUUCGAUCCUCCUCCAACCUCCAAGCCCCCGCCAGUCCGCCUUAACCGUAAACGAUCUCAUUCAGAGAGUGACAGGGAAAAGGUGAAACCCCUCCCUAUCACUUCCAUCCUACAGGGCUCAUCCUCACAAGUACACACUCCAAACCCCUCUCAUACACUACACACACCACCACCCACACCUUCCUUAACUGUACCAGCACACACAUACUCAUCCCUUCCCAAUGGGGCCCCUCCCAAGCCCAGCCGCCCUGCACCCAAUCACAGUAAAGGUGCCAGGAAGCAUGUCGAUCCAGGCCCUAAGAAGCCGCAUGCCAAGGCCCGCAGUGGUGGAGGCUCCAAGACCAAGGACCGAAGCAAAGACCAGCGGUUAAUGUCAGGCUGCCUGGUGCCCCCAGCACCAGUCAGGCCUCCAUAUAAGAAGCCAGUGGAGAAGAAGGGCUGUAAGUGUGGCAGGGCCACCCAGAAUCCUUCUGUGCUGACCUGCAGGGGGCAACGCUGUCCCUGUUACUCAAACCGCAAGGCAUGCUUGGAUUGUAUCUGUCGAGGUUGCCAGAACUCCUACAUGGCCAACGGUGAGAAGAAGCUCGAGGCCUUCGCUGUGCCGGAGAAAGCCUUGGAACAGACACGGCUCACACUCGGCAUCAACCUCACCAGCAUCACGGCGGCCGCAGCACUCCGCAACCCGACAACCACCAGCAUCCGUGCAAACACCCUCCUCAAUGUCGCCACAGCAACAGGAACCCCCGUAACCACAGCCUUCCUGUCCCCAAGCCCCCCGCAAGAGCCCAACUAUGAGGACAGCCUGGAGCUGCUGAUUGGAUGAGAGGCUGGAACUCCAAAAAUGGACAGCUCGGUGCUGAUCGAAUGUGGCGGCUGAUCAUUGUGUCUGUCAGAAAACCUGUACCUCCCCCCUCCACAGGGGAGGCAAUCUAAGGCAGCUAUGGGUCUGUCCUGUCCUGUAACCUGCUUUUCUUCUGUGUUGGAAAAUGCUGAGUAGUAAGACUAGCAUGGGUGUGCCAAAGCCUCCUGUAUUGUGCCUGUGUGCCGGUGUGUAUUGUUGCCUGUCUGUAGUUAAACACUUAUACUCGGUUCCACAGCUGUUCUGUACUUCAGAGGUGCUUUUUUUGUUCAUAGACCACAGACAUACUGUAAGAGGCAAUAGGAACCCAUACCAGGUUUUGUCUUUUGUCAGUGUGUGCGCACAAUUAUAGAUCCAAUUAUGUGUGUAUGCGUGAUUUUUGGUGCAUAAUGACAACAAAAACUGCAUCAUCAUAUCUCAGUUACUUGUCACAGCAUUUUCCAUGUUUAAAUAUUGCUCCAUGUAUGGUUAAGAAAUGCAUAAUUGGUAUCAGGACGGCCCUUACUAAUCCUUAACCGUGUAUGUGUUCACACUUUAAUUGUGAAUGACUCUUGUGACUAAUCUAUGGAGAACUUCUCACACAAGACUGUAUGCCUUUUCUAUCUCAUUAACUCACUCAAUCCAAGUACUGUUGGCUGUUAAUGAAUUUGUCUUAAUGAACUUGACUGAUGCAGGCAUUGUACAGGCAGCGAGAUAAUGUCAAAGCACUUGGCUGGCUCCACGGUUUCUCUGUGUGUGUGUGUGUGUGUGUGUCCGUGUGUGUGUGUGUGUGUGUGUGUGUGUGUGUGUGUGUGCGCCUGCUGAGAUUUACUCUAAUGUCGGGGGGGGGGGUUGUUAGCACUUAGUCUGAUUGAUUGGCCAAAAUUACAACUAAAACCAUUUUUGGUUACCAUAGCAAUAGGAGCACCAACAAGGAGCCUCCCAGCUCUCGUGUACACGCGCAGUUGUUUACAGUAUUGCCAUUUGUAGACUACAAUUGUUCUAAAAUAUUACACCAUUAUGUUUUGAUUAUGGGAUUGUACAUGAAUGUGUGUGUGUGUGUUUGUGUAACUGUGUGUAUGUUAGAUAAACUGAAGCCAUAGAUUGUCAUUAACAAGACAAAAUAUCCUCUGCGAGUCCAUUUUUUUCCCACAGUUGUAGUGUCCCGACUGAUUAGAGACCAACUUAUAUACUAUUUUUGAUACCAAGUGUUUGAGAUUUGGUACCACUGUCUUUUUGUGUGAGUGUGUGUGUGCGUGUGUUUUGGUUAAAGCACCUUGAAGCCCUCCUAUAACCCAAGAGACUGUGUAUUGUCUGUGUUUGUGUUUACUGUCUCAGCUGUAACAUCAUCAUGUUUGUCAGUCCAGUCAUGGUGACCAAAAAGAGACUGCAGGAGAGAGAGAGAGAGGACUCAGGCUGACCAUACAAACACCUUGGUUCUCGACAUAGACCAGGAAGUAGCAGGUGGAUUGCAUUAUGAUCAGCAAAUAUGAUCUAUCUUCCUGCGUGCGUGUGUGUAUGUUUCAAAAUGUAUUUCUUUUGGGCAUUACUUGAACCCUGAUUAGUUUUUGGUAUUUUUUUUUUUUUAAUGUAAAAACUCUUGUUUGAGGAGUGACUCUUAUUAUUGCUGAAACAUUCACUGCCAUAAUAUGGAAACAUGU